AGUACCGCCGCCCUGCGGGGAGCACUUUCCUGCGCUCGCCCGGCCAUGGCGGAGCUCCUGCGGGCGCCCUCCGCGCCCUCCCUGGCCGGGCUGGAAGAGGAGCUCACCUGCUCCAUCUGCCUGUGCCUCUUCGACAGCCCAGUCACCACGCCCUGCGGCCACAACUUCUGCGGCCCCUGCCUGGACGUCACCUGGAGCGGCCUCCUGCAGGGCUUCAGCUGCCCGCAGUGCCGGGCCAGCUUCCCGCGCCGGCCCGAGCUGCAGAAGAACACGGUGCUGUGCCGGGUGGUGGAGCAGUUCCAGAGCAGCCAGCCCGCCGCCCCGGCCGAGGAGAAGCGAGGCGGGGACGGGGACGGGAGCCGCCCCGAGGUGGCCUGCGACAGCUGCCUGGAGGCGGCGGCGGCGGCCAGGACCUGCCUCACCUGCAUGGCCUCCUUCUGCGCGGAGCACCUGCGGCCGCACCAGGAGAGCCCGGCCUUCCGCGACCACCAGCUGUGCGCGCCGCUGCGCGACCUGCCGCGGAGGAAGUGCCCGGAGCACAACAAGCUGCUGGAGUUCUACUGCCGGGAGCACGCCGGCUGCAUCUGCUGCGUCUGCCUGGUCAGCCACAAGGCCUGCGCCACCGGCCCGGUGCCCGCGGCCAAGGCGGAGAAGGAGUCACAGCUGAAGAACAGACUGACAGAGCUGUAUAAUCAGAGCGAAAAAGCUUCUCUGGCACUGGAUGAAGUGAGGGUGCUGCAAAGACAAGCCAGUGAGACAGCUGCCCGAAAGAUGGAUUUGCUCAGAAGUGAGUUCUUGGAAAUUAAAGCUUUAAUAGAAGAAGAAGAAAACCAGGCAAUGAAGAAGGUUGAAGAAGAGGAAAAGCGAGUCUGUGAUAAGUUUGAUUAUGUCCAUAACGUCCUGGGAAAGAAGAAAAAUGAAAUUCAGGUCAUCAGGGACCAGAUUGAAAUGGCACUGACUGAAGAUGAUGAUAUUGCAUUUUUAAAGAAAGCAGCGAAAUUGCGACACACUUCAACCAAAGAUGUUUUCAUCCCCAGAAUUGAUCUGGACCAAAACUUGAUACACACCAUUUAUCAAGGUGCCUUUUCCCUUAAAGAAGUAGUGAAACGAACGGUGAAUCAACCUCAGGAGAAGAAAAUGGAAGCAGGUGGACAGUCCAGACCAAGUGUGGAGGAGAAGGCAACUCCACAGUGGAAACCUAAGGCUUUUCAAAUAAACCCUUCAAAUAAACUCUCAGCAUCUGGAAGAAAAGCUGUUGGAUCACAGGCUCCAAAAAUAGGUAAAGCCCCUCAGAAGCCUCAGCCGGAGUUGAGUGAGGAUGCAGACACCAAGGAUAAAAGAAAACCUGCCAAAUCUGCACCAAACACUGCGAAUCCAUGUGCAACGUCUCUUGAAAGCUUUUUAACGAAAUCGAGAGAGGAGCUCCUGGAGUAUGCUGCUAAAAUCACGCUGGAUUUCAACACCGCCCAUAACAAAGUGCUGUUAUCAGACAGAAACACCAGGAUGUCGGUCUCUGAAAUACCCCAGAAGUACAGCCACCACCCUCAGCGCUUCACCUACUGUUCCCAAGUGCUGGGCUUCCAGUGCUUCAAGAGGGGCAUCCACUACUGGGAAGUGGAACUGCAACGGAACAACUUCUGCGGCAUCGGCAUCUGCUACGGGAGCAUGGACAGGCAAGGGGCGGACAGCCGCCUGGGGAGGAACAGCAGCUCCUGGUGCAUUGAGUGGUUUAAUUCCAAGAUUUCAGCCUGGCAUAAUGAUCUCGAAAAAUGUCUGCCUAACACCAAAGCCACCAAGAUUGGUGUGCUGCUCAAUUAUGAGGGAGGAUUCGUUAUUUUCCUGGGUGUUGGCGAGAAACAUAACUUGAUCUACAAAUUUAAAGCGCAGUUCACUGAAGCACUGUAUCCUGCUUUCUGGGUGUUUUCCAGUGGCACUAUGCUUUCGCUCUGCCAGCUGAAAUAAUAGGCUGUCACACCUGACUCUGUUUGCUCAGGGUAUUUACAUCUGCUCGAUCCCUCUCUCUCUUUUUCCGGGAUUCACUAUUGUAGUUCUAGCUUGCUCAUUUAAUUCAAAGCACAUAUGUUCUUGCUUUAGCUUGCUGGAUGGCUUUUUCUAGUGGCUGUCUGCUUAUCCAAAACCACUAGACUGCAGUCCUGCAAGUACUGGAAAGUUACAGGUUAGAAAAGCAAGAUCUACAGACUGGAUUUAAUGCUCUAGUUUGACACAUGAAGAAAGGUGGCUUUUACUGCACAUGAAUGUAAAGGAGAGCGAGAACUUUUCUCCAUCUCUAAAAAGAUUUUACGUGUGAAUAUUUCCAGUUUUAUAACUUAAAAAAAUAAGGUCACAGAGGGCAGAACACAAAUUCUAUUUUUAAAUCUACUAAACUAUAAUAAAUAAUUUAAGGCACCUGUUUUUUAUAGCAAUAUUAAAGAAGAAAUCCCAAAUACGUCAGGAGGCAACAGCUCCACUCUUCCUCUUUCUACAGAGGGAGACAAAGAUUUUUUGCUACACAAUGCAUCAAAUGAAUCUUGGGUCAAGUUGCACCAAUAUGUUUCUGUUUGGGCAGGAGGUUUAACUGGCUGUCACAUGCAGUGUAGGGGUUGGUGCGUCCCAUUCUUCCCAUCUGAAUUCCUAAAUCCAUAGGUGGAGCACUGAUGACCAUGAAAACUCUCUGAGGUUUUCCCUGUAAUCACUAGAUAGCAAAAAUAGUUCAAGCAAAAGUCUUUAAAAGAACCCGGUUUCUUCUUUUACAAGAGAAAUGAUGACCAUACGACAAGAUCUAAUGAUUUUCAUGGCUUAAAAAAGGGUCAGAAUCCACUUACCACCGACGUCAGUGGGAGUUUGAUUCUGUCCCGAAUGUAGGAAUUUUUUUUUCUGAAAGCCCAGAAUUGUCUCCCUCUCUUGCUCGAUCCCAUCACUAGUUCUAGAGGUUGAUUUUUUUUUUUUUUUGCUGUCUGAUUUCCUGUUGCUCAGGCAGUGGUCUAUAGGCAAGAGACCAGCCUUGCACAGGUAUCGGAGGCCUUUAGAAAUGGUUAAACCUGUGGAAGAUGCUUCCUACACAUGCUUUGUCUAACACCAUUGCUGAUGGGUGUGGGUUGAGUUAAAUAAAUACAAGUCUUUAGCACUGGAUGGUAAAAGCCAACAUGGGGUAGCGUAUUGGAAUAGAAGACCAGAAACUUCUAAAGGAGACGAGCAAGUGACAGUGAUUUACCCAAGAACCAUGUAUCGAAGCCAAGUGUCUUCAGAAAGAAGCCCUGCAGAAAUUCCUCUGUAGUAGCUAGGGUCCAGAAGUUACUGAUUUAUCAUUGGCGUAUCUGAAUUGUCUUGAAGAAAGCUUCGAUGGGAUGGAACAACACACAUUCUGAACAUUUGCAGGGUAUUAAAGAUCAGAAAGGUGAGCAGCGCCGAUCAAGGUGCUUUUCAAGCUCACCAGUUUAAAAAAAACAACAGCCCUGUUUGAAGUGAACAGAAUUUAAAAAAAAACACAUCUAGUUUCUUUGCUAUGCCUCUUGGAAUGAAGCAUCCAGUUUCACAUAAUGUAUCAGGGUGCUUUAGUUUUUUACACUAUGAAGCUCUGCAAUACCUCCUUACGUUUUGAGGAGUUGUGGGAAGAAGUGGAGAAAAACAGUACGUCUUGGGCUUGUCUAAUAGCAUUAAUGUUCUGGUCACUCACAGCAGGCUCAG